AUCUUGCCCGAGAGAAUGUCUGCCUUAGCAGUGGAGCGAUGAAAUCAUCUCAGGUGCAGGCACUAUUACAUCGCAGAAUCGUUAGGAAUGACAACAGCUUGGUAAGGCAUUCAUCCAUCAGUGGAUUAAUCCUGGCUGCUAAUGAUGAUGUCAUGUCAAGUUGUACGAUUGAUUCACUGGAUGUAACGUGUACAGGACACGAGAAUGGGAUUUAAUGCCAGUGUAAGAAUCAAACAACUAACAAGGUAUUAAAUACUAUAAGGUAUGUGUGUAAUAAUAAUAAUAAAGCACGUUAACGAUAGGGACAGGCGUGGAAAAGAAUGUGUGUGCACCUUGAGGCAUCCAUAGACGGGCGAAUAGACAAGCUGAUGUUUGCUGGCUGUGCACUGGAGUUAUGUACCAAGACACUCAAUGCAUUUUUUACAGUAAUCUAAACUUAAAGAAGAGCGAAAACAAAUUAUGUUAUGCUGCUGCUGCACUCUUUCAGCUUGUCAUAUUAAAAAUCGUGUUUUGAUAGGUAACUUAGUGUGCAUGGCUAAGUGCUAUGAUGCAAUGCUAGAAUGGCAGGUUGUGUUUACAAGUGCUGGUGUUGUUUUCAUUUUGGCUCCGCUGAGAUUGCUGAAGCGUGAUUAAUGUCUGUGGUUUUAAAUAGCGCACUUUGUCUUUGACUUAUUGAUCUGAGGAACAGACUAGAAUUCAAUAAUUUAUUUUUGUUGACAACAGUCUCUCCUGAAAAUGGAAUGCGCGAUAAAUCUCACAGCUCUAUCUCGCUACUCUUCUUGUACAGCUACUAUUCUUGUACAGCUACUAAUCUUGUACAGCGUUAUCACUCGCGUCUUAUCAAAGCACCAGAACAUUGUGAGUAGAGGGGAACGCGUAAAUUGGCUCAAAAGCAAAGGGCAUAAAUAAUGAGCAACGCAUAGUGGUAACACAGAUACAGUGAGCAUGAACACAAACUCACCACUGUAGGUCCAAUGAAGACGCACACCUGAGGCUAAAAAGGCAAAAACGAAGGGAGGUUCCCACACCCAGCACGCAUAUCACCGGGCUCUUUCCACUAUUUGCCACUGAGUUUUUGCCUCCCUUGCCGGUCAUCUUAAAUCUGCUCUGAUUAGGUGAACAAAUUCUUAUGAAAGUCUCGAAGCCUUUGCCCUACCCGUAAUCUUAAAGUUCCACUUAUCAGUGGUCAGCUCCUUGAGAACGUGUUUGAGAUAGCAUAAUUACGAGUUGUCUAAGGGUAUCCAAGAGCAAAUAGUGACUACGGCUAUUGCUGCUGAUACUGCAGAGACUACAUACAUUUCGCGAAUCUGUUUUUCCUUUUUUCUCCUUUCUCCAGAGUGUGAAGACCAUCAACGACGCAAUGUAUGUGUGUUGAACUUCUUUCGCACCGUACGUAGCCAACCGUGCUAAUCGGAGCUUGCGGGGGGAAGGACAACAGAAAUGCCAACCCUUUUGGUAAUGAUGAUCCUGUUGGUUUUACAGGUCUCUCCAGCCAUCUCCAUGCAGGUGCUGGUUGCGGAUCGAGAGACCAUAAUACAAAUCGACAUGUCUGGAAAGUUGGUGCAAUGCUCUGCCGCUGUGGACAUCCUGUUGCUAAUGGACGGUUCAUACAGCAUUGGAAAAGCCAGCUUUGAACGCUCGAAGCACUUCGCCUCCAACCUCUGCAAUAUGCUUGACAUCAAUCCGGAUCGGGUGCAACUUGGCAUCGUUCAGUACAGCUCCAAACCUAGGCUGGAGUUUGCUCUGGAUGUGUAUCCUACGAGAGAGGAAGCAAAGGAGGCUAUUGCAAGAAUAGCAUUCCGUGGGGGUGGUACAGAGACAGGGCGAAGCAUCAAGUACGUGCUGCGCAAGGGCUUCCUGGGCGGUCGAGAGGGCAUUCCCAAGAUCCUGGUCCUGCUCACGGACGGCAAGUCUCAGGACAACGCAACGUUGGCAGCAAAACACGCGCGCAACAGCGGCCUGACUGUGUUCGCCGUCGGGAUCCGUCACCCUGCGUGGGAAGAAUUAAACAGAAUGGCGAGUGACCCCGAUGACAUGCACGUGUUCUACGCGGAGCAUUACAACGACGCACUCAAUGGCCUUUACACGACGCUCACACAGGCCACCGUGUGCUCGGAUGUGCACCCGUCCUGCAAGGUGGAGUCACGCAUUUGCCUGCGCACGAGCGUGGAGUCCGUGCAGGAAUAUCGCGGCAGUCACGCCUGCUGGAAGGGCAAAAGAGGACAGCUCUACGGGAAACCGUAUGCGACCUUCUGUCCAUACUACGCGUGGAAGAGAAUACGUAACGUCCAUCAGAGUCGGUGCUACCGUACUCUGUGCCCAGACCCGUGUGACCCCAAUCCAUGUCAGAAUGGGGGCACGUGUGUGGCUGAAGGAGUUGAGGCAUACAGCUGCCUCUGCCCCCUUGGGUUCGGAAGCCACAGGGACUGCGGUGGGACCCAGUUUUUAGUGCCAAGCGUGGCUGCGGACUGUGCCGUGGACCUGCUGUUCCUAGUGGAUGGCUCGUGGAGCAUGGGCCUCGAGGGAUUCCUUCGUGCCAAGGCCUUUGUGAAGCGGGUCAUCCACAGCCUUCUGCAGACCUCCCCGAGCGUUCUUAUCGGCUUCAUGCAGUACUCCGACACGGUGCACGUGGAGUUCACCUUGGGUCAGCAUGCCGGCUACACAAGCCUCGUCCGCAGCAUCGACGCCAUCAAGUACCGUGGCGGCAACACCAACACAGGCGGCGCUUUGGCCCACGUGGCCCAACUGGAGUUCAGGGCGGAGACCGGCUCCAGGCAGGAGGUCCCGCACGCCGUGGUGGUGCUCACCAACUCUAGGUCGCGCGACGCGGUUGCUCCGCCGGCCCAGUUCGCCCGAGAGAGGGAGAUUUUCCUCCUAGCUGUGGGGAGCGAGCAGGUCCGCGCGGAGCUACAGAGCAUCGCGACGCCGCUGAAUGCGCUGCCUUUCAGCGACCCGCUGGACUUGUACAACAAGGUGAUGGAGCUGAGGAGCCGGAUCUGCAGUCUCAAUUCACAAGGAUGUUAUUCCAGACCUUUGGACGUCAUCUUUGUCCUCGACUCGUCUGCAAGCAUCGGCCGGCAAAAUUUCCGCAGCGUCAAGGAGUUUGUGAAGGACUCCGUGUCGCAAUUCGACAUUGACCGUGACCUCGCUCAGGUGGCGGCGGUGAUUUACAGCACCAAACCGCGCGCGCUCUUCCACCUGGACACGUACGACAGCGAGAGCCGGAUGAAGCGAGCGCUGUCCACCGCGCCGUUCCUCGGCGGCCUCGCGCUCAUCGGGAGAGCGCUCGGCUUCGUGGCCGAUGAACUCCUCACGGUGCACAGGGGUGCUCGUCCCGGCGUGCGGAAGGUCGUCGUGGUGGUGACCGACGGGCUGAGCGCGGACGACGUCGUGGGGCCCGUUACGACGCUGCUGAGCAACGGGGUGUCCGUUAUCCUCGUCAGCGUGGGGGAUGCUAAUCGCAGGCUCUGGAUCACUGCGCAGCCCAGCGAUGUUAUUUCAAUCCCUUCCUACAACACGCUAAAGCACUACAUGGACAACGUCAUCUGGAGGAUCUGUGAAGAAUCCAAGCAGCCGACCAGCCCCUGCUUGCCAAACCCCUGCACUAAUGGAGGAAUGUGCUCGCUGCUCACCGGCAGCUACCACUGCCAAUGUGUGGGUUGGGAUGGGCCUCACUGUGAGCACCGAAUUAGACGGCAUGACGUUCACGCUGGCUACCAUUACACGGGAGCAAGAACAUAGCUGUUUGUUAAAACGAUAAAAAAUAUAUCGUUUUUUCAUAUGUUUUACUAUGUGUUUCAUAAAGUGAAUAUUUUAUCACCACAAAUCUAUCCCGAUAAAAAUAAGAGUUGUGAUUCGGAUGCUUCAAAUGAUCACACAAAGAGAAAAUGUACACAUUUACAUUGUUCUGCCAUAUUUGAAUUGACAAUCGCAUGUUAAGUGUCACGUUAUAUACACAGCGAUGUUAACAAUGAACAGUGUCGUACUGAUGACAAACAUAUCUCAGUUAUAUAGCAAGUUGUUUGCAAGCUAAUUGUCACGAUUAAAAUAGAGUUCAACUUCUCAUGCGACUCACGAGAAACCAUGAUUAACAAUCAUCAUACAUCGAAUACAUCAGUGCAAUACUUAAUGGCAUAAAUAUACCUUUUAAAUUGCUUUGCUUACUAAUAGCCAGUAGCUUGAAUAAAAAUCAAUCUUAAUAUUUCAAUUUUCAUAAUGGCUUGUGUAAAUAUAGCAGCAGAUAUAUAAAUACAUUCUUUGUUUAUUCUGCCUGAUAAAUCAUGUUUGACGUAAAUGUUUCUUUUCCACAAUAUCUUAGUAUUUGAAAUAUAUACACAGUGCAAUAGGCAAACAGUAAAAAACGGUACAAAUAUGUAAAAUGAAAAUUUUUCGUAUUUGCGUAUUUUGACAUUACAUUUUUAAUCAUGUAUAUUUUAAUUAUCUACUAAUAUCACUCUUUUCAACCAUAAAUCAAUGCAUAAACUUUACAUGAGAUUAAUUGAAUGUGAAAUGACUUGUAAAAUAUAUUAAACACAGUAACGACA